UAUGGACUGAUUGCUUCUAGCAAAUUUGUUCUAAAAUCAGUUUAAAGUAAUUUUUAGAAUGCAUAAAAUACAGCAAGAUAAAUACAAUGAUAAGCUCAAUAGGUUGCAAAAUGAGGAGCUAGAGAACAUAGCGCCGGGCGUUGAAAUUUACCACCAGCUGAUGGCGAUUUAUCUAUAUCAAAACAAAUUAGCCAAUGCGAAAUUGCUUUGGAUGCGUAUAGCUAAUAACCUAAAGGAACAAAACAAAGAACUGGCUCAAUUAAAUCUAUUGAAUCUUGCACUGCAGCACAACAACUAUGCAGAUUUCUUUAAACAUAUUAAAUACGAGUGGUCCGAGACUAAUAAGCCAAUCAUUGAUGAUCUUUUGAUCAAGCAGCGCGAGGAGCUUUUCAACCUGACGUCCACGGCUUACGUUUCAAUAUACGAGCACAAUCUGAUGGAAAUGGCGCAGAUGACAGCAGAGGAGCUGCAAAACGCCUGCUCAGAUUGGACACGAGAACAGGAUGGCGAUAAGAAAAUUCUGCUGCCGAAAAUGAAAGAGCCUACGCCUCGUGUUGCCAGCGAUGACCAGUUGUUGAAAUUAACAGAGUUUGUCUCGUUUUUAGAAAAUUAAAAAAGAAAAUAUAAAUACAAUUAUUUUUAUUUUCCGGCA